AGAUAAUUUCAUCAAUUUUCUUGAUGUCAAUGUUGUAUCAACACCUAUCGUUUCUGGAAGUUUUAAAAUUAAUUUAAUGUCAUUUAUUUAAAAGAAAAUAGACAGAGUUUGGAGUUAAGUCCACCACAUCUAAAAUAAUAUUUCUACUAAUGAUUUUGUCUUUCUUCUUUUUUUAACUCCAAAAUACUAUGAUGGACUCACUGGCCUCAAAUACUUUUGGGAACUGGAACCCCUGCUUCUGUGUAAACUGUGAUGAUGACGACUGAAACAGGUUUGGAGUCUGAAGUAAAGAAGGAACCAGAGCAGACCGAGGAACAGCCAGCAGCUCCGGAGCUGCAGACUCAGGCGCAGGACGAACCGGCACCGCAGCAACAGGUGGACCCAAAACAAGAACACACAGAGGCUGAGAAAGCAGAGGAACAGACCAAUAACAGGGAGACGCUGCAGUCUACCAGUGGAGAGCAGCCUUCAGGCGAGGAACAUACAGACACUCCCACGACACCAAAGCCAGCUAGCCCCAGUGCACAGACCAGCCCAGGGUUGGGCAAGAAGGAGAAAGAGCAGGCCGCAGGGAAGGGCAUCUCUAGGUUCCUUCCCCCAUGGCUUAAGAAGCAGAAAUCUCAGAGCCAAGUUGAGCCCAAAGAAAGUCUGGGGAAAGAGGACCAGGUGAAGGAAGAGGGCGACGUUCAGGAGAAGUCUGAGGAGGAGGAGGAGAAAAGAGAGCAGGGAGGAGAGGACAGAAUAGACAAACCAGCUGAGGAUCAACGCUCACUGCCGCAGGACAGCAAGGCAGAUGAAAAGGAGGAGAAGCAUUCAAUAAGCAGCGCAGAGACACAGCCUGCAAAAGAGGAGACCAGAAAAGACUCUUUGGAGAAGGACGUAGAUUUGAAGGAGGAGGAGAAGAACGGAGCUAGGGAGGAGAUUCAGAAGAAGAUUAAGGAGGAAGAGAAAGUUCCGAAAUCUGAAUUGAAGGCUGAGAAGCCACCCAAGAAGAUGAAGACUGUGGUGUGCAAGGUCAUGAUGCUGGAAGGCAUGGAGUUCCCCUGUGAGGUCGAGAAACGUGCAAAAGGCCAAGUGCUAUUUAACAAAGUAUGUGAGAAUAUCAAUCUGUUGGAGAAGGACUAUUUUGGAUUGACAUACAGAAGUAACACUGACCAAAAGAACUGGCUUGACCCUGCAAAGGAAAUCAAGCGCCAGAUUCGAAGUUCUCCUUGGCAGUUUGCCUUCAGUGUAAAAUUCUAUCCACCUGAUCCAUCGCAGUUAACUGAAGACAUAACUAGAUAUUACCUGUGCCUUCAGCUUCGUCAGGAUAUUGCUUCGGGCUGCCUCCCCUGCUCGUUCGUGACUCACGCUCUGCUCGGUUCCUAUUCCCUGCAAGCUGAGCUGGGAGACUACGAUCCUGAAGAGCACAGAGUGGACUACAUCAGCGAUUUCCAGUUUGCACCAACGCAGACCAAGGAGCUGGAAGAGAAAGUGGUAGAACUGCACAAAACACACAGGGGAUUAACUCCAGCUCAGGCUGAUGCUCAGUUUUUAGAAAAUGCCAAGAAACUUUCCAUGUAUGGAGUGGAUCUACAUCAUGCCAAGGAUUUGGAGAGAGUGGAUAUCAUGUUGGGUGUAUGUGCCAAUGGACUGCUGAUCUACAAAGACAGACUCAGAAUAAAUCGUUUUGCCUGGCCAAAGAUUCUCAAGAUUUCCUACAAACGCAGUAACUUCUACAUCAAAAUCAGACCAGGAGAGACAGAGCAGUUUGAGAGCACCAUUGGAUUUAAGCUGCUAAACCACCGGGCUGCCAAGAGGCUGUGGAAGGUUUGUGUGGAGCACCACACUUUCUUUAGGUUGGUGUCACCCGAACAGCCCCCGAAAGCUAAGUUCCUUACUCUGGGCUCCAAGUUCCGCUACAGUGGUCGAACACAAUCUCAGACCAGGCAGGCCAGCACUCUCAUCGACAGACCAGCUCCAUAUUUUGAACGCACUUCCAGUAAACGAUUGUCCAGGAGUCUUGAUGGAGCCCCUGUAGUCUGUGUCACUGAUCACAGCCUGGUGGACUCUUCUGCUGCUGAAAUCAAUGGGAAGGGUGACACAGCAGAUAAGGACAAUGGAAAAGAACCUGGAACCCCCUCCAGAACUCAAUUGGAACUCUCCCAGGAAUCAAAGCAGUCUCUUUUUAUGUACCCCUUGUCACCUACUUGCUCCAUGUCAUCCCUUUCCCUAAACAUGGAAACCAUCUAUGAGUUGGAUAUUCUGUCAGAUAUUUCAGAGGACGAUCCAAUGUCAUUUGCUGAACUUGACCAAGAAUAUCCAGUUGCUCAUUUUACACCCAGUUCCCAAGAGAAUGCUGAGAACAUUACCUCAUCAGAGCUUGAUGAUGAUGAUGAUGAUGAUGAUGAUGAUGAUGUCAAAGGUUCUUCACCGAACAUUCUCAGUCCUGAACACUGUAUUCCAGCCACAAAUAAAUGCCAUCACUCUACAGAAGGGGGCGUUGACUCUGUAGAAAUGAAAUCCCAAUUUGACGACUUCUUCGGUUUCUAUAAAUGUCUUAAGUUCCCCACCUUGCUGGACGAAGACGGCUAUAUCUGUUUUCCCAGCCUGCCAGAGGACUGUGCCUCCUUCUUGCCCCACAGCCUUCAGUGCUACAUCCCCAUCACCUCCCCUUCCCUCAUCCCCUCCUUCUUUUUCAUAUUUGCACUGCUUCUCUCAGCUUCUCAGUCGCUCCCCUUCUCCCUCAUCCUGUCCCUUCCUCUCGCUCUGUGCCUUUGCUACCUGGAGCCUAAAGCGACAUUGUUCACCUCUUGUGACUAUGACCCGAUUGAGAAAGCAGAGCCAGAGGAGGUGGAGGAAAAGCAAAGCGAUGGCACAGCAGCGGCAGCCACUGAGGCAGAAACCAGCGAGACGGAGAGAGAGGAAGAAGAUUCACAGCUGCAGAAGAGCAAGUCAUUGAGAAUAGAGGGGGAAAAUAUAUAUGUCAGACAUAGCAAUUUAAUGUUGGAGGACCUGGAUAAGACCCAGGAGGGUGUUUUGAAACAUCAGGCUAGUAUUAGCGAAUUAAAACGCAGUUUUAUGGAAUCAUCACCUGAGCCACGCCCCAAUCAGUGGGAAAAGCGUCUUACUACAACUUUGCCUCUACUGACACAAGGGAGCUUAGAAGAGGAGAUAACAACCAUUUUAUUAAGUAAAGAAAGCUUUUCUACUUGUUUGACUGGCACCUUCACCACUACUGCAAAGCGAGCAGCAGAGGGCGCUGGUGCUAAAGCUCCAGCUGAAUCUCUUUCUCUGUCCUCCUCCACACGGUCCUUUGAGAAAACCCCAAGAGUAGAUGGACCUCAGCCAGAUACCAGUGACAUCACUGAGACCUCAGAUGAAAAACAGAAAUCAGAGAUGGGGGAGGAGGCAGAGGUUGUGAUAGAAGAGACUGUCAUUGAAGAGAUCAGGAGAGCACCCAAAGUUAAAAACAGCCCUGACACUACUGAAAGCCCUGCAGCAGCCGGUACGUCAGGAGAGGGUGAGAAAGAGCUGGAGGAAGAGGCUAGUAAGGCAAGCACUUCUUCCGAGAGCGAGAGCGAGGAUGAAGCCGAGUACCACCCCCAAGUGGCUGUGGACCAGAUAAGAGAAGAAACUGGAGAGAAUGAUGAAGAACUGGGGAAGGAAUGCCAGGUGCCUGCAGAACAUCAACCUGAAGCAAUUUUGUUGCCUCCACCUCCUGAGGUUCAGGGAAUUGCAGAUGAAGAAAAGCAGGAAUGCAAGCACCAAGGAGAAGAUGAAACUCAGAGCUCUCCAGCAGAGAGAGAGACAGAACAAGAAGCAGAAAAGGCAGAGGAGCCCAAAGUAAACGGGGACGUGUCUCACAGUGUUUCCGAAGUUAUCCCCCAGGUUAUUUGUUGCACUGAGCCUCCAGUGGUAAAAACAGAGAUGAUGACCAUCUCUGAUACCUUUGCUGCCCAGAAAACAGAAAUCUCAACAAAGGAGGUUCCCAUUGUACACACCGAGACUAAAACUAUUACUUAUGAAGCUGCCCAGCUGGAUGGCAGUGGAGAUGGUGAGCCUGGCAUUCUUAUGUCUGCACAGACCAUCACCGCUGAAUCACUCUGUACUACAACAACUACACACAUUACCAAGUCGGUAAAAGGUGGACUUUCUGAAACAAGGAUUGAGAAGCGCAUUAUUAUCACUGGCGAUGCAGAUAUUGACCACGAUCAGGCCUUGGCCCAAGCAAUUAAGGAAGCCAAAGAGCAGCACCCUGACAUGUCAGUGACCAGGGUGGUGGUACACAAAGAGACUGAGCUCGCUGAGGAUGGGGAGGAUUGACUGCAAGAACUGAAAAUGGUACCCCAUGGAAGUUGUCCCUCAGUUUGAGAACAUUUCUAAGUGUCUUCAAAGUGGAGCAACGGGUCAGAUACUGUACCCUGAAGAAUUUUAGAAGAUGUUUGAGAGGGCUCACUAUUCUGUCUGUGCUUUACACAGUUCCUAUUUUUACUCCUGUUUAAGAAAACCACUUAACGCUCCUAGCUUUUUUGUUUAAUUUUAUAAUUAGUGCUGUUGUAAAAUUGUUUACCAUUGUUAAAAACAAAUCGAGUUGAUCAUUUUUUGAAUUAUUACAAGUAGCAGUCACAUUGGAUACAUUUCUAUUAUGUACAGAAGGCUUUUCUUUAGAUUAAAUUGAUCAUCUAAAAAAAAUUGUGUAACUUGAAAAUCAAUUGGAUUUAUUAUUUACUCUUGGUAUAAACUAGUAUCAAACAAAUGAAGAACGCUGUGUCAUGAACACUCUCGUAUGCGGUCAAGCUGUGUUAGGGAGGUGUAUUUAUCUUCCUCCUACUUUCAAUUCUAGGCAGCUUUAAAAAAAAAAAAAAAAGUGCGUUUCCAUAGCUUUCUGACAUUACUAAUAUGAAUUAUAUUUGUAGAAUACUUUUGCUAUCUUAAAUGCUUUGGCUUAACGUGUAAUGUGAUUUCACUGUUACUCGGGCGUAAUUGCUCGUUUUGAAUAUUUUGUCUAAUCUUGUUUUUAGAGUUUUUUUUUUUUGUUUUUUUUUUUUAAUUAAAACAAAACAAAACAAAAAAUAAAUUUCACCAAUUUGAUCCAGUCCUGUAGAUAAUGAGGACAGCUUCCUUUUGCUUAGCAGUCUUUGAAAGAUGAAAUACCUUGCUGAAACCCAAUGGCUGUGUCAGUUUGUUAUGUGAAUCUCGGUGUAUAGCAGAGGGAUACAAUUGGAUUUUUUUGCAGCUUGACACAAGUGUUGUGUUUUUUUUGUAUUUUUUUUUCGCCCUGUAACACUGUUCAAAUAAAAGUUUGUUUAUUCUCUG